GGGUGCGCGGGGGAGGCGGUGGGGGGGAACGGCUUUCUCUCCCGACGCGUUCGGGCCGGGGGCGGCGAGGGGAAAGAAAUGGCGAGCUUGACCCCCGCGGUCGCCUCUUCUCCCGCCGGCGCCCCAUCCCGUAGCAAGAAGCGCCCAGCCAGCCCGGGCACCGGCGGCCCCGCCAAGAAAAAGAAAGCCACAGCGCCGGGCGGCUCGCAGAGUGCAGGUGGAGAGGCCAUGAAUGAAAACAAAUUUCUGAACACAGACUCCAGCACAGGAUCAGUGGAAACGACCGUCAAGCCGUUACCAUUUAAAGAUCCAAACUUCAUCCACUCCGGCAUUGGUGGAGCAGCAGCUGGCAAGAAGAACAGAACUUGGAAGAACCUAAAACAAAUUCUUGCUUCUGAAAGGGCAUUGCCAUGGCAACUAAACGAUCCUAGCUAUUUUAAUAUUGAUGCUCCUCCUUCCUUUAAGCCUGCCAAGAAAUAUUCUGACAUUUCAGGACUUCCGGCAAAUUACACGGAUCCCCAGAGCAAGUUGAGAUUUAGUACUAUUGAAGAAUUUGCCUAUAUUCGGAUGCUCCCUUCAGAUGUGGUUACAGGAUACCUGGCUCUAAGGAAAGCAACAAGUAUUGUGUCCUGAAGAGACUAAAUAUUGCUGUAUAUCGCCUGUUAACAGUGCUAAUUCUGAGAAUCAUGAAACUGACUGUGGGACUGAGGUUCCUUAAAACUAUCCAUGGAUAUUUACAUCUGGAAGUAGUUGAUAAUACACGGAUUUGAAGAACAUAUGGAUUUAAUUUCGAUAAAUGCUGAUAUUUGUUAGUUUGCCAAUUUGUAAGCAAUUUGGUUUGCUGAACAGAAUAACUUAGACCUUAAGGAUACGUAUCUGCACCAUAAUGUCUAAGUUAGAUUAAUUUCUGUAGAGACAGGAUUUUAUCUCCACCCUGUAUAUUUUAUGUACUGCUCUGGCUCAGAAAAAAGAGUCAUUUGGAUUAAGGAAAAGGUACCAAGAUAUCCCAACUUCUAAACCUGCUUUGCAGAUGCGCUUGCCACUUGGCUAUGAAGAAUUUUGUCUCAUCUAUAAAAUGAAGCUAAAAUACCUAGCAAGUGCUGCUGUUGUGAUGACUGUUUAUGGUACUGAGCGCUGUGGAAAUGAACAGCUUCACACAAAUAUUUGCAUUGAAGAACUGUCAGCAUAAAUAAAGUUGGACUCAAACUUGUUUUUAAAAUAUCCUAAUGAAUAUGUACAGCAGGAUCAAAUUACCAGAUAACUCUUAAUCAUGA